AUGGUCGCUCCUUCUCAAGAUCUCCAGUGGCUCCUUGUUCGCAAGAAUUCAGGCUACCUCGUCAAGCAAAAGGGUCUCGGCCGCAUCUUCUCUCGCGAGCCCGGAAACCUGAAGGCGAUCCACUCUUACAAGUACUCCGUUUUGGUCAACCAAAAAUCCGUCUCCAUCGCGCCUGCAGGUGUAUCUGCUGACCAGCCUGCUGGUCGCGGAGUGGUGGUCAGCACCCGCAAGGGAAAGCCUGCGGUCAACAAGAUUGCCAACACUCGCAACCAACACGUCAUCAAGAAGGGUGGAAGCAGGCGCACAGCUGGUGCGGUCGCGAGCAUCGUCGGAAAGCGCGGAUACCGUGCCGAUCUGCUGAAGGGUGAGUCACUCGAGGAGCAUGAGGGAGCGUGGAGAGUAGCAUUUGGGAUCUUUUGUGUCGCGUCGCAGCGACAGGGCCAAGGCAGACUCAUACGGGCGUUGGGACGCAGAACUGGAGAUAGGCAAGCUGAUGAGGGCGCAGUAGCACGACCCUUGGAGAUUUGCUCUCUUAGCCGAAGGGAAGAGGACGUCAGGCUCGUCGCGAUACAAUUCGCUCCGAGCGCUCUCCCUACGUCGCAUCGUCGCAGAUGUUCUGCGAGGUACUAG